AAGAGAGCUAAUGCUGUGUGACAAACCCUAUUUUCCCAAUCAAUAACCAGCACCCAAACCUGUCACAUCUUUACUUCUCCACUGUUCUCAAACUGCAUAUGACAUAGAGUUUGCUAUUGAGAAAUAUUCUCCACCAGUACAUGCAUUACAGGAAGUGAAGGGGCUUCACAGAAACCAAAAGAAAAAUUCUAAUCUAAAUAAAGAAACAGGCUUCAUGACUUCCUCUGUUAGAUCGAAGCUCGUCAGCGAGGGCACAUUAUAGUCAUCAACUGUACAGCCUUCAGAACAGAUAUGAUGCCAACGACAUGGAUCUCUGAGGCAAACCAUCAUGGCUCAUAACACAUCUUCGCCUGUCAUCAUGGAGGGUCACGUUCCCCAAGUGUACCGGACUAUUAGCCUAGUGUUUUACGGCAUUAUCUUCAUCAUAGGCACAGUGGUCAACCUGACCGCCCUCUGGGUCUUUGCCUUGACCACAAAAAGACGGAACUCCAUCACUGUUUAUAUGAUCAAUGUCGCUUUGGUGGACUUGGUAUUUAUCUUAUUGCUGCCUUUUCGAAUGGUCUACUACAGUCAAGACUACUGGCCCUUUGGAGACGUGUUCUGCAGGAUAAACGCUGCGCUAACUGUACUCUAUCCCUGCCUGGCCUUAUGGCUCUUCGCCCUCAUUAGCACAGAUCGCUACGUGGCCAUAGUGCAGCCGCGACACACCAGAGAAUUAAAAAGCGUUAGGAAAGCCUUGCUGUCCUGUGCGGGAGUCUGGAUCAUGACCCUAGGCAGCACAGCUCCGCUUGUUUUCAUAGAAGAAGACCCUGACCGCAAGACAAACUAUACCACUUGCAUCAAGAUGCAUGACAUCAUCUACUUGCGCCGUGACAAUCCCGUCCACUUCGCACGUAUCGUCUUCUUCUUCCUGGUGCCAGUGUGCAUCAUGGUGGGUUGUUACGUGAUCAUCGUGGACAAUCUCAUCCAUGGCCGCACGUCCAAACUGAAGCCCAAAGUCAAGCAGAAGUCCAUCCGGAUCAUCAUCACACUGAUUGUUCAGGUGCUGGUUUGUUUUGUGCCUUUUCACAUCUGUUUUGUUUCACUGCUGCUGGCCAGCAGUGAAGGGGGUUACAACACCUGGGGGGCCUUUACCACCUUCCUGAUGAACGCGAGCACAGUGCUGGACAUCAUACUCUUCUACAUUGUGUCAAAGCAGUUUCAGGACCGUGUAAUCAGUGUGAUCUUGUACAGGAACUACCUGAGGAGCGUUCGCAGGAAGAGCCUUCACACCAACAGCAUUCGCUCGCUCAGUAACCUAACAAGUGCCAUGAUCUGAGGAAUAAUACAGCUGAUGUAAGCAGUGUAAACUGAAUGUAAAUAUGUCAAUGUUUGUAAUUAAAUUAGAGAGACUAAGAUUUAACUUGCAGAACAAUUUGAAUGAUCAUACAGUUGUGAAACUGCUUGCAGUAACAGCAACUAUGUAGAAAGUAUGCAGUCAACUUACAAGAUGGAUCACAUGCUCCAGUGUCUUCAUUGGCAGAUGCAUUGCACCACUGUUCAUCUGCACAGAGUUAAACUUUUAUUAGUUUUCCUGUCAGAUGCACAUCACCACACACUGCACAAUUACUUGUGCUGCAAAUCGGUUCAUGUGUGAACACACCCUAAGACAUCUGUUUGAUUUUCAGUUUUUGCAUUACAUGCUGCAAAUGCAUGUGUUAAGUUAAAAGAGAUAAGUUUUAAAAUUGAAGUUAUAAAUGGGGAUGCUACAGUUAGAGCCACAUAAGUGGUUAGUUUUUUCAUAUACAUACAGUAUAUAAAAUUAGGCCAGAAUGGGGAUGCACUGUAAACCCUAACACUCAGAAUAUUGAAUUGGUUUGAGUAGGGCAAACUUAAAUUAAAUGAAUUUUAAACAAACUAUCUUUGAGUAUUUCAAACUUUAUUUGUCAUGAAACUGACAUCUUUUAAGUAAUCUGAAUUGUUUCACUGUUUUGAAUUUAAUGAACUUGUUUAUUUGUAUUUACACAGACUUAAGCUUGAACUGAAACUAGGCUGGGAUUUCCAUUUCCCAGCAUGCUUUGCUAUGGCACUCAAAAUGGAGGGUAGAUGCAAAAUUUAUGUUAGGGAGGGAGAUUUAGUAGUGUAUUUUGUUAUGCUAAUACCAUCAUGGCAACAAGAGAAGCAUGAGCUUGGUUUAUGAUGAAUGUUCUUUAUUAGCUUACUUAUUCACCAAUAUACUAAUUAAAGCAUUGUGUUACCAAUUAGCAAGUUACUGUAGCAUUUACAGAAUUAGUUUUUACUACUAAAAAUGUUUAAUUCAGAAUAAAAUUUAAAUUUAUGUGAUACUUACUCAAAUAUUUCAAGUUAGGAGCUACUUAAAAAUUGAUUUUUUUUUUUAUCUUACAUAUUGAUUUGAAAAAUUACCUCAUUUUUUUUGCCAACUUAUUCAGGUUUACAGUGUGUUGUUAGAUAAUCACAGCAAGGUGUUUGAAAUAGUUUGCACUGCAAAAGUUUCUUUGCAGUCUUUGCACAAUCUGUGCAAGCCAUGUCUUUUGCUAAGCAUGCUUUUUAUCAUACCAAGUAUGAUCUUCAGACACAGCAAAUGUCUUUGAAGAGGUUAGUUCAAAAGGAGUGCAUAGUUGUAUAUUUGGUUCUUUUAGAAGUGUAAAAUGAAAUACUACCUUUUAGCGUGGGAUGUAAUGCAUAUUAAAUUUCCCAAAAAGGGAACAAGUAAUGAAAUUACAUAAGAGCACUUUAUCUCUAAAAUGUUGGUAUUUACUGACAGUGAAAGUAACGCAUGAUAACAUGCACUCUUAAAAAUAAAUGUUCCAAAAGGGUUUUUUGCAGUGAUGUCAUAGAAGAACUAUUUUUGCUUCCCCCCAAAAACCUUUCAGUGAACAGUUCUUAAAAGGACCAUGUUUUCUGAGUGUAAUAACUUUUUAUACUGUAAAGAACCUUUUGUGCAAUGAAAAGUUUCCAUGAAUGUUAAAAGGUUCUUCAUGGAAUCAUAUAUGCCAAGAACCAUAUGUAUAUGGUAUUAUUAUAUGUAUAUAUGUACUUAUUAAAAUAUUCUGCACCAUUUUGUUAAUACAAGUUGAUCACAAUUAAAACUGAACUGAAACAAGAUUUUGGUACAGAAACACAUGACUGUAAACUUGACCUGUGGUAUAUAAGAUGCCAGCAGGUGGCGCUACUGACCAGGGCACAUUUAUGCAACUCUCACAGUGCUUUGUCCCAGUAUCACCAUCAGGUGGUGUCAUGUGAUGUUACCAAAUUACUUGAAAGUGGCAUUUUAUCUGCUCAUUGUUUUAAAGUGUUGUUUUCAAUUAAAAUGUGCUUUUUUUUAAAAAACUUUCUAUAAAAUAUGUGACUGCUGAUAGAUGGACUGAUUUCUGCUAUGAGAAGCUGACACAUCCUGUGGCUAUAUUCCAUCUAAGUGUUUCUUUUCUCAUUCUGUUAUGAUUACUAUUCAUGUUUUGCAGCUUUUGUGACCUAAUAAUUACUAAAAGAUUAUAUAAUAUUUGCAAUUUUUAAAUUCAAGCCACAUUGCAGGAUCAUUUACAUGAAAAACUUAGCAAAAAAUGAGCUUAUACAUUCAUAUCAAUUUUGAACUUUAAAAAUGAUUUUGUUAAAAAAAUCCAUUAAUCUGUUAUGCAUCAAAUACUCAUACACUCAAUGUAUACCCUGCACUUUACUUGAUUAAGCUGAAUUAAAAUUGAUAUAUGUACUUUUCUUCAA